CCGAGCUACAGCCACUUUCACUCCGCCGCCCCGGGACCCCGACCUGGACCCUCGCCCAGACCCUCACCCCGACCCGGAGCCGGACCCCGACCCCGACCCGGAGCCGGACCCGGGGCCAGGCCCGGACCCGGACCCGGGGCCAGGCCCGGACCCUGACCCAGACCCGGACCCUCACCCCGACCCGGACCCGAACCCGAACCCAAACCCUCACCCCGAUACGGACCCCGACGCCCACCCAGACCCCGACCCGGACCCGGAACCGUGAGCCCUGUCUGGACCCUGACUUUGAUCCCCGCAGGUGCGGCCUGAAACGUGGGCUUUCUGAGCUCCUUUGGAGAAGGCUUGACUCUGAACGUUGCCUGAGGCUGACCUGGAGGAGGGGCGUCUGAGGUUCGGGGAAGAGCUUCCCGUUUCGGCACCGCCGCCGGCAAAAGCACCGAGAGGGAGACACCCAGUCAACCUGCACGUAGCCGGCUACUUAUGACCCUGGACCUUGGCCGGGCUCCACUGCGGGCGGUUUCCCAGCCUGGAGCUCAGCAGGGUGCCUGUCCCAGGAAGCCCGGAGCUGGGAGGGGAUGGAGGGCUCCUGGUCCCGAGACCCCAUGUGCGGCUGGUGGAAGUGGCCCCGGGACGGCGAGAUGCCCGCGGAGCACAGGGACGUCCUGGUGCUGCUCCCCACGCGGGAACGGCUGCGGCUGGUCGUGGGGGUGCAGGCCACCGGGCACGAGCUCUUCCAGCAGGUGUGCGACCUGGCCGGCAUCAGAGAAGCCCACUUCUUUGGCCUCAGUGUGAUAAGAAACAGCGAGCACGUCUUCAUGGAUUUGGAGCAGAAGCUCAGCAAAUACUUCUCAAAGGACUGGAAGAGAGAAAUGCAUAGAGGAAGCGGCAGGCCCGGUGCCCCCUUCGUGGCCUUCCUCAGGGUGCAGUACUACGUGGAAAACGGAAGGCUUAUCAGCGACAGGAGGGCCAGGCACCUGUACUACUGCCACCUGAAGGAGCGGGUGCUGCGGUCCCAGUGCGCCCACCGGGAGGAGGCCUACUUCCUGCUGGCCGCUUACGGGCUGCAGGCCGACCUGGGCAAUUUCCGCGAGCCGGCACACUCGGGCCGCUACUUUGAGCCGCAGGCCUACUUCCCGCAGUGGGUCAUCGCCAAGAGGGGCAGCGCCUACAUCCUCCGGCACACGCCCGCCCUGCACCGCGAGCAGCGGGGCCUGAGCCCCAAGCAGGCCGUGCUGCACUUCAUCCGGGAGGCCUGCCGCCUGGAGGACGUGCCCGUGCAUUUCUUCAGGCUGUACAAGGAUAAGAAGGAGGACCGACCUACCAUUGUCCUGGGACUGACCCUCAGAGGAGUGCAGGUCUAUCAGGAGGUGAACCACGCUCCACAGCUGCUCUACGACUUCCCCUGGCACCACGUCGGGAAGCUGGCCUUUCUGGGCAAGAAGUUCGAGCUCUGGCCGGACGGGCUGCCCGCGGCCCGGAAGCUGGUGUACCGCACGGGCUGCCCCUGGCGCUCCCGCCACCUGCUGCGCCUGCUCAGCGCCAGCCACCAGCUGCGCCUGGCCCUGCAGCCCGCGCUGCGGCGGCUGCGGCAGCUGGAGGAGGCCCGAGAGAAGAAGUGCUACCGGGAGUCCUGCAUCAGCGACGUGCUGGAGCUGGACCUGGACCUGGACCCGGCCAGCAGGGCGUCCCCCGGCUCCCCUGGCAGCGGGGACAAUGGGGACGGAGGCUGGCGUCCCCCGCACCGCCUCUCACUCCUCUCGUCUGGCAGCCACUGCAGCUCCCACUCCUCGGGCAUCGAGGCCGACUCCCAGCUGGCGGGGCCCGUGGAGCCCGGGGAGAUGUCGGUGGAUGAGCCCUUCGUCGGGGCUGCAGCGCUCCGCGGGGAGGAGCCGCCCUGCAGCUCCAGCACCAGCCAGAGCAGCCGUGGCACAGUUGGUGGUGGCAGAGGUGGGCCUGAGGGCGACACCCGGGACCAGGGGGAAGCCUCUUCCCAGCAGCCCUUGGCCGUGGUUCGGGUCACGCUGGUGAGCACGAGGGGCCCGAGCGCUGAGGCCCUGCACCAGGUGCCGGAGGCCCGGGCGGCAGCCGGACCCGCGGACCCGCACAGCCGCAGCGUGGACGACGUGCGCCCCGCGCCCGCCCCGCGCUCGGCCCCGCGCCCCGCCCCGCGCAGCUGCCCCCUCCGCCGCGCGCUGGACCCCGGGCCGAGCAGGUCCGUGAACUCCCGCUCCCUGGACCUGCUCGGAGAAGACCAGCUCCCUCAGGAGUUUGUGGUGUAGACGCCUCGGGGCGCCGCUUCACCGCCGCAGGGCCCCGUCCACGCCGCACGCCUCCGCCCACUUGGCACUCUGUCCCUGCAGCGCCGCUCCAUCCACGCGGG